AUGACAUCGCAACAAGUGGCUCUGAAAAUCGCCUUCAAUGGCGACAUUCAUCGUCUACGCGUGGAUCUACGCGAUUUCUCCUUGACGCAUCUCACGCAAAUCAUGGCAACGACCUUUCAUCAGCCUGUAGGUGACUUUGUAGUGCAGUAUCGCGAUCCCGAGGGCGACUGCGUAAACGUAACGACGGACGCCGAGUUUCAGGAAGCUGUGCGCGUUUUCAUGAGUACUCAGGAUUCCAUCAAGUCACUCAAGUUCUCUGCCAUUACAAGACGUCAGGUAGAGUUCCAAGAGCAAGUAGUGGAUCCUCUGAUUACGUCCGUGGAACACCUCAUGCAAGCACUGGCCGUGAUGGUCGAGAAGCUCAAACAGGACGCCACUCCCGCUCCUACCACAAAGGUGACACUAAAACCGAUUAUGAAAGACAAUGCUGGUGAGUUACCCAAGACUGCAGCUGGAGGCUUCUCGAGCUUUGCUCAGGGUUUUGUGGGUCAGAUUAAUCGUUUUAUUCCAGAGAAAAAAGCAGGAGAGGCGACAGCAGCUCCAGUUGCGGCUGCGUUUGCAGUGCCGGUGGCAACAUGCAAGCUGGAAGAGAAGCAACAGCAGCCGCUGCUGGAUGUGGUGACUGUGCCACCGUCUGCUUGCGUAGAGGACGCUCCACCUGCUCAGGAUACGGAAGAGACGUUGUCCGUUGCAUCAUCCGUGGCUUUUUCCGAGUCUGAAGUCAAAUGGGCUGAUCAAUUGUCGAUUGUCAAUGGCAUUUUCCCAAACAGGAGUCCGGCACGCAUUAUCGACAUUCUGGAGAAGAGUGAUGGUGAUUUGAAUGUUGUGCUGAAUGUGUUAACGGAGGAGAAUUAA